CAAUAGAAAUAGUGGAAAAAAUAACAAUUUAGAUGAAAACGAAAACAAAAAUUAAGAAAAAACAAAUAAAAACAAAUAUAUAAAAAUUAAAUAGUUUUGUCAGUUUGUAUUGCGCAGGAGAAAUGUCUAACUUAGCGCCAAGUGUUCAAUUAAAUAACGGCCAAAGGAUGCCAACUGUUGGUUUAGGUACUUGGCAGGCACUAAAAGAUCAAGCUGAACGGGCCGUAACGGACGCCAUUGAUAUCGGUUAUCGUCUUAUAGAUACCGCUUUUGUUUAUGGAAAUGAAAGAGAAAUUGGUCGCGCUAUAAAUAGAAAGAUCGCUGCUGGUAUCAUUAAGAGAGAGGAUAUAUUUGUGACUACCAAACUUGAUAGCAGGCAUCAUACACCCAAAUUGGUAGAACGGGCUUGCCGAGAAAGUCUUCUAAAAUUAUCUCUAGAUUAUGUGGAUCAAUAUUUAAUACAUUUUCCAGUUGGUGAAGGAUUUGUCGAUUACUUGGAUACCUGGAAAGCAAUGGAAAAGCUAGUAGAUGUAGGCUUAGCUAAAGGUAUUGGUCUAUCUAACUUUAAUGCGAAACAAAUAGAUCGGAUUUUGGAAAAUUGCCGAAUACGACCUGUUGUGAAUCAGGUUGAAUGCCAUCCUGGUUUUAAUCAGAAAAAACUCAUCGAGUUUUGUCGUAAAAGAAAUAUUACGAUCGUGGCGUAUUCACCUCUCGGUCGACCAAUACCUGCAGAGAAAUGGCCACCAUUUCUUAAUGACAAAAUUGUUCAAGAUAUAGCUAAAAACCAUAGCAAAACGCCAGUACAAGUAUGUCUGAACUAUUUACUGCAUUUGGGCGCCAUAGUGAUACCGAAAUCUGUUAACCGAGACCGUAUCGCGGAGAAUUUCCGUUGCUUUGAUUUCCAAUUAAAUCCGGACGAGCUUAAAAUCAUGGACGAUUAUGAUACGGGGGAACGUUUAAUAACGUUUCCUGGUAUGUGCAAUCAUAAAUUUUAUCCGUUUAACGAUGAAUAUUAAAAUAAGUUUAAACGUUAUAAACAAGCAGACUCGAGUAUUGCAUACAUAUUACACCAUUUAGCCUAAUACUUUAUUAUGUUAUACAUUUACACUCAAAAUUUUACAUUGUUCCUUAAUCUUUCAUUGAGAGAUCCAAGAAAUAUACGUAUUAAUGCCAAACGUAGCGGAGAGAAUUUAUUGGUUAUAUCAUUACUGUGCUCUAACUUUAAUAUCAAGUUGCAAAAAGUUAAACUUUUUUGGUUAUUUUUUAUAUGGGAACAGGUGUAACAAGUUGCCCCAUUCAAUGCAGAUGCAUGAGUACAAAAA